AUCCCAUUUUAUCAAGAACUUGGAGCUUAUUUUCUCAAAAAUAAACAAUAAUCUCGAUUGUAAUAUUUUGAGGCAUGAUGAAUUCAAAAUUUUCCAUUAUCAUCGUGUUAUUUUGCAAUAUCAUUUCGACUCGAGCAUAUGAUCCCGACGCUCUUCAAGAUCUCUGCGUUGCUGAUAUAUCUCACGGAACCAAAUUGAAUGGAUUUCCAUGCAAAGAAACGUCAAACAUCACGUCGUCCGACUUCUUCUUCGCCGGACUCUCAAAACCGGCCAUCAUAAACUCCACGAAGGGCUCUGCCGUGACGGGAGCCAACGUGGAGAAGAUCCCAGGCCUCAACACUCUCUCUGUCUCCUUAGCACGUAUAGACUACGCGCCAGGUGGUGUAAACCCACCUCACACUCACCCACGCGCCACCGAAAUCGUCUUCGUCCUCGAAGGAGAGCUUGAAGUUGGGUUUAUCACAACGGGAAACAAGCUUUUCUCGAAAACCAUUAGGAUUGGUGAAGUUUUUGUUUUUCCAAGAGGGCUUGUGCAUUUUCAGAUGAAUAAUGGGAAAUCUCCGGCAUCAGUUUUGUCGGCGUUUAAUAGUCAGUUGCCGGGGACGGUUUCCGUUGCAGCAGCUCUUUUUGCGGCGGAGCCUCCUUUGCCGGAAAAUGUGUUGACAAAGACUUUUCAGGUGGGAACUAAAAUGGUUGAUAAGAUUAAGGAAAGACUUUCUACGAAGAAAUAAUUUCAAUUGUAAAUAAUAAUAUUGUAAUGGUUCAUGUGAUGAUAAACCUGGAAAGGUUUACGUUAAUGUUGUGGUAACUAAAAAUAAAUUAUUACUGUAAUUGUCUGCUAUAUCAAUGUGUACAAA